UUCGUCUGUGUUUCUUUUCAGUUUCAUCCUCACCGAUCUGCUCACUAUGGCCACAGACCACCAGAUUCCUGCAUCCAAGCAGCAGCAGCCAGGCAGCAGUGCGUUUAAGCUCGUCAUCUAUGAGCAGGAAAACUUCCAGGGACGCUGCCAUGAGCUGACUGGUCCCUGUAACAACCUCCAGGAAGCAGGCAUGGAGAAAGUGGGCUCCAUACUGGUGCUGUGUGGACCGUGGGUGGGAUACGAGCAGGCCAACUGUAAGGGUGAGCAGUAUGUGUUUGAGAAGGGGGAGUAUCCUCGCUGGGAUUCCUGGACUAACAGCAGACGGAGCGACACCAUUGUUGCAUUCCGCCCGAUUAAAGUUGACAGCCAGGAGCACAAGAUUGUUCUUUACGAAAACCCCAGCUUUGCAGGGAAGAAGAUAGAAAUCAUAGACGAUGAUGUCCCCAGCUUCCAUGCUCAUGGCUACCAGGAGAAGGUGUCUUCUGUUCGGGUCCAGAGUGGCACCUGGGUGGGCUAUCAGUACCCAGGAUACAGAGGCUACCAGUACCUGUUUGAAAAGGGGGAGUACGAGGACAGCAGCGAGUUUGGAGCCCAGAUCCCCCAGAUCCAGUCAGUCCGGCGCAUCAGAGACAUGCAGUGGCAUCUGAGGGGUGCUUUUCACCCCAUCAACUGAGCUUGUGACUCGUUCCUGUCGUGAAUCCUGACCUCGACGACCUUGAUCCCUCCCAGCAGCCCCCCCUGUUCUUCUGUGACCCUGCACAUUUCAACAUCUGCUGCAGCUGCUGUGGCACUGAUGUUGAUCRAAGCAAACUAAUAAAUUCCUCUUGCUUAACUUA